AUGGUCCAAGAGGGUCUGAAGUCGUUGGUCGAUUGGCCCGGUCUGAAGGAUGGCGGGCUUCAAACGACCAGCACAGCGGCCGGGGCCACCUGCCAAGUCGCACGCGGCCCCAAGAGAAGGGGUUUCCGGAAGGCCUUCCACUUGGUGGCCGCGGAGAGUGUGUUGCCAGGGAUGCUCCUCCAGGUCCACCGGCGCCGCGCGUCGCGUUGCGUGUUCUUCUUCGCACCCCGUGGUGCUGCUGCCCGAGGGCUUUCAGCGGCUCUCACCGGAGGCGUUCGGAGGGUGAAGCUCUUGGACUCCAAUCGCUACGGGGUGCGUCAAUUGGCUCAUGCGCAGGCCUUCCAAAGCUUCGUCUUAGAGCAGCUUGGUGAAGCACCGAGCGGUCGCUGUCGGAGUGGCCGGGUCAGGUACGCCUCGGCAGGCGACGUGCGCCGAGCUUAUUCCGUACUGCUGAAGGGGAUCUUUGGACAUGGUGACGGCCAAGAGCUUCAUUUCCAGAUGGGCCUCGUGAACACAGAGCUCGCGGGUCAAGGCACACCCAGGUGGACGAUCCAGAUGCUUCUGAGCAGAGAGCCAGGAGCCGAUGUUUUGGCACGCAGCUCCGACUUCGGAGCCUACGGCGUCUACUUCAACCUGGAGGUGGCUGGACUCUACGGAUCCGUUCCAGAGGUCGGAUACAAGUACAACUUCGUACGAAUGACCUUCCGCUUGCCUGAGGGUGCCAGCAUGUCUACUGGAGGCUCUCUGGUGGUCUUAGCUCCCUCCCUCUUCGUGCUGGACCCGGAGACCUUCAACCGAGAGAACUUGCCGCCCCAAAGCGUGGCGAACCUGGACGUGGGCUUCUCGAGCAUCGUUUGGAGUCGGCUGAACAUCUCCUUGGUCUACCCGUUGGUGGUCAGUCACUUCUAUUCCUUCAGCUUCAGCGUGACGAAUCCCAGCGUCGCAGAUCAUACUGAAGAUCUACAUUGGGAGAUGUGGUGUUACGAACGCGGCCGCGUGGUCUCGGCCAACACUCGGAUUCCUGCCUUCAAGUUGGAAGCCUUCUUCCAGCGGGUGGAAAUCUCCCCUUCUUCAGUCUUGCCUGGGAGGAGUCCCAACGAAGUGGAGGUGCAGGUGAUCCUGGGCAGCACCGAGCUCCACGGCAGAACCUCCACCUUAGCGAUCAAACUUCCUGGCGGCUUCGGCGUUGAUCAAUCUCUCUUGGGAGAGAACUUGUGGUGGUGCCAAUUGGGUGUCGAGACCUACAAUGUGGGGAAGGUGCAAAGCCAUGGCUUCGUUCCACGGGGUUUGCCCAGUUCCUCCCGUUGCCGCUUGCAGCAAGAUCUUGUGCUGAUUGACCUGACCGAGACCUUGCACCUGGACGUCUCCUACCACUUCCAACUCCGGCUCUCCAAUCCUUUGGGUAUCGCUGUGGACAACACGUGGACCUUUUCCACUGAGAGGGAUUCCUCGACUUUGCAUUUGGCUCGGUCCAUCUCGAACUUCGACCUGUACUCCUUGUCGAAUGUGGGCCUCUUCUCCAGCGAUGUGCGUCAAAAUCUCACGCAGCUCAUCUUGGUGCAGAUGACUCCGCCGGUUCACGUGAUGGGCUUCGCCCAGCUCCGCCUGCGGGGUCCUCCCGAGUUCCAACUGAGCUGCAGCGAACGCGGCAGCACUGCGCCCCGUGGAUCCUUGCCCUUGGAGACGGAGUGCUCGUUGAUCGGUUCGGCCUUACAGAUGAAGCUGCCGGAGCCCUUGCUGUUCGCGCCCUAUCAACCUCAACUGCUGGCAGGAGAGGCCUAUGUCUUUGGCCUCUAUUGCAUCAACCCCCCGAGCUCUGGCACUGGACGUACCUUUGAGCUCGAGAUCUAUGGUCUUGUGGCCACCGCAUCCCAGCGGCUUUUGGGCAUUGAGCCCAGCUUAGUGGCGCCGCAACUGGCACAGCCCUUGGCGUACCUGGAAGUGAGCGCACCGGCGGAGGUGAUCCCAGCCUCUGCAACGCUGGUGACGGUGCGGUUCCAAGCGCCCAGAGGAGCGGACGGUACGGUGCGCGCGGUGCUCCUCGAAGUGGCGCCCGGGUUCCGCCUCUCCGACGGAGGCAACUGCAUCUCCUUUAGCUCUGCAGUGCUGCAGCCGGGCGACACAGUGCUGCCACCCUCCACCUGCGCGCCACUGGACACCUCCCGAGUUGUGGUGGCCAUGCCCUCUGCGCUGCCGUUGAUGGCAGAGGAGCUAGGCCGGAUCUAUGUCUUUCAAAUCGGCGUCAUUGUGCCCGAGCAGGUCUUAGUGGAUCUCAUCUUAGUGGCCUUGCUGCCCAGCCCCAACAGCGCGCCCCUCUAUGCGGCCAGCGCGGGCUUGGGCACUCAGCAAGGGUCCCUGGCCACAGUGCUGCCAGUGGCACCGCUGCCACAGGAGCAAAUCGUACCAGAGCCCACGGACAGCCCUUUGCCUCCUUUGUCCUUGGUGAAUGUGGUGGUCUCAUAUGCAGUGGACACCUCUUCUCACCUGCUUCUCAUCCUUUUACUGCAACUCACUUGA